GAUAAAAAUGGGCUGAUGAGAGAGGGAAGCUAGAGCUGCCGGAGUCGGCGUGAUCCGUUGGUCCGACUUGACGAGUCCGCGGAAACCGUAGGUCACGGGGUUUUCCUAUAAUUUUCCAAAAAGCGCCUGACCUGUAACUGUAAAUUCAUAGGACGUUUCCCGGAAAGAACAAUUUGAUGUGGCACUAAAUGCAGGGAAACUGGAGACAGUAUUCAGGAACAGGUGAAACACCGUACUCAGUUGGAGGAAUGUCAGUCGUAAACGAAUCUGCAGAGGGUGGCGGCUCGUUCUCCUCAAAGGUCAUCAACAUUGUGUUUAUCGUCCUGCUGCUGGACCUGCUGGGGUUCACUCUGAUUCUGCCUCUACUACCCUCCAUUUUGGACCAUUAUGCACAAACAGGGGACUCUGUAUAUCAGUCCCUGCAGAGUGUUGUGGACUGGUUCAGGGAGGCGGUCGGGAUUCCUAUGGAGAAGAAAUACAACAGUGUCCUGUUUGGAGGUCUGAUCGGUUCACUGUUUUCGCUGCUGCAGUUCCUGUCAUCGCCUUUAACCGGUGCUCUGUCAGACCGCCAUGGCAGACGACCCCUGCUCAUUGUUACCACAUUAGGGCUGAUGUCCUCCUAUGCGGUGUGGGCAGUUUCCCGGAGCUUCAGCAUGUUCCUUUUGUUUCGGGUAAUUGGAGGCAUUAGUAAGGGCAACGUCAGCCUCUGCACUGCCAUCGUGGCCGACUUGCCUUGCCCGAAAGUGCGAAACCGAGGAAUGGCUAUGAUUGGCAUUGCCUUCUCCUUGGGCUUCACUGUGGGGCCUCUGAUGGGCGCCUACUUUGCCGUCAACUCCAGCACAACAGGAAAUGUCUUCUACCAAACUCCGGCUCUGCUCGCCUUGGCCUUCAGUGUUGCUGACUUGCUCUUUAUUUGGCUCGUGCUGCCGGAGACGCUCACGGGGGACAUCAAGGCUCCAUCUUCAGGGUUCGGGGAAUCCAGGGACCUCCUGAACCCCUUAUCUUUGUUCCAUUUUUCAGCUGUUACAAGGACAGAAGAUCCGCCUUCAAAAGAAAGAAUGCAGAAGCUUCAAGUGUUGGGCCUGGUUUAUUUCUGCUACCUCUUCCUGUUCUCUGGUCUAGAGUUCACGCUGAGUUUUCUGACUCACCAGCGCUUCCAGUUCACAAGUAUGCAGCAGGGAAAGAUGUUCUUCUUCAUUGGAGUCAUCAUGGCUCUGAUCCAGGGGGGAUACGCUCGCAGAAUCAAACCCGGGCAGCAUAUCAAAGCUGUUUGUAUGGCAAUCAUAGCAUUGAUCCCAGCAUUUCUUCUCAUUGGGUUAUCGUGGAAUAUAACAAUGCUUUACAUCGGCUUGGCGUUAUACUCCUUCGCGGCUGCAAUAGUAGUUCCAUGCAUGUCAACACUUGUUUCUGACUAUGGCUCGGCCAAUCAGAAAGGCACGGUGAUGGGGAUCCUGCGUAGUUUGGGCGCCUUGGCCAGAGCACUGGGACCGGUUGUGUCAUCCUCCGUUUACUGGAUAGCUGGAGCACAGACCUGUUUUCUCAUCACAUCAGCCUCUUUCAUUGUACCGCUCGCUCUCUUGAGCUCAGCCAGGAGGCUUAAGGAGGAGUGAGCAGUGCAAAGACAUGACAUGACUUUAAAAGGACUGAUUGCAGGGACAUUCUGAUAUUUUGCUACCUAAACGAACGCUAUGAUGUUUACGUCUGCUGGGAAAGCAGGCGCGGAAUUAUGACUUUGUCACAUGCAACAAUCAUGAGAAGAUGUACACUUUCAGUUUACUUUCUUCCGCUGCUGGCCAAGAACCAUGACAUGCACGUGCCAAAACCAAAGGGGGAAGUGGUGGGACGGUCGUCACUGCAUAAGUGAGAAAUAAAUGGACAUAAUGCCUUUUAUGUGCACAUUUAGACCUGUGCAUAUUACUGCAUGGGUUAGGGUAGGUCACAAAUAACAUUUAUGCCUGAGGAACAUAGAUAUCAUUUUAUAUCUUACUUAAAGAUUGUACAAAAAUGUUCUCAGUACUGCAACUUCACUGAAAUGGUGGAAGGUAAUUGAGUACAUAUACUCAAGUUCAACUUUGAAGUACUUAUAACAGUACAUAGUAUUUCAAUUUUAUCCUAAUUAAUACUUUUACUCCACUACAUACAUUUUACUCCACAACAUGUCCUUAGUGCCAAAGUUUUCUUUUGUUUGUUUUUUUGUUUGUUUUUUUCCGGAAGAUUUUUAAAUUAAAAAAUGUACUAUAGAAUAACAAAACACCCAAAAGUAUACAAAUGAUUAAAAAUUAGCUUCACCUCAACUGCUACGAUAUUAAAAUACUGUUUAAUCUGAAUGAAAGGGUAUAUUUUGGAUAAAGGAUGCUUCUUCUUUUGAUACUUUCUGUAGAAUUUUUUACUUCGAGUAAAAAUUUGAAUGCUGGAUUUUUACUUGUAACAUGUUUUGUUUUGUUUUUUUUAACCGGUGCUUUAACCGGUGCUUGAUUUAUUUAGAAAUAUCCACCAAGGACGGUCAGAACAAACCAUGGUGACAUUUCAGCGUAACAUUACAGAAUAUUAAAAUAAAGCAUUUUAUAGUUGA